AUGAGUAUACCGCCGGAGGCCCCCGUUAGGAUUAUACCGCCGGAGGCCCUCGAGACAGACAAGCUAUUCUUGCCAGAGCGAGAAAACACCAUCCAGUUCAAACAGACGGAGAUCGCUAGAGCGCAACGAGAAGACCCAACGACAAGUCGGGUUCAGUGGUAUGUACGGGCACGAAAGAAACCAACUCUCGAAGAAAAGCAACAACAAACCCCUGAACUAGAAAAAUACCUCCGGGAGUGGCAUAAUCUCGUGAUCGACAAGAAGACCGGUAUUUUGUAUCGAGGCCAGCAACUUGUAUUACCAACGAAGUAUAGAAAAAACCAUGACCAGCCGACAAUUUUAAAAAAUAGAGUAAAAAACAAAUUCCAAAAAUACAGGACAUCUUGAGAAUUCAAUAUAUAAUUCAAAACAAGACGCAGUUUGAGACUGUAAAUUUUCGACUUUAUUGGAUCCUUAGUAUUUCGAGAACUACACGAGAAAAUGGGCCAUCUCGUUUUCAACCUCGCGAGGGAACGGUUCUAUUGGCCUGGAAUAAAGAACGAUAUUGAACAUUUAUCACGCACGUCUGUAGUUGUGUUAAACAGAGAAAACCCACCUUUACCAACAGAGAACCACUUCACUCCAUUUCUACGUCCGCACCAUUCGAACUGGUAUCAAUUGAUUUUGUAUACCUUGGUCAUAGUCGACCACCUUACCAGAUAUACACAAGUGUAUCCAACACGGAACAAGACUGCGGCCACCGCAGCCGAUAAAAUUUACAAUGAUUUCAUUCCGCGCUUCGAGUUCCCAUCUAGAAUACAUCACCACAAGGGAGGGGAGUUUGAAAAUAAACUGUUUCGUAGACUAGAGCAGCUCUCGGGAAUCGCACAUUCAAGAACAACACCCUAUCAUCCACAGGGAAAUGGCCAGGUGGAGCGGAUGAAUAGGACUUUGCUACACAUGUUGUGAACGUUACCCGAAGUGUACAAGCCUAAUUGGAAGGAUCACGUGAACAAACUAAUACACGCGUAUAAUUGUACGAAGCAUGAAUCUACUGGCUUCUUCCCGUUUUUGCUACUGUUAGGUAGACCACCUCGUCUUCCCAUUGAUUUGAUAUUUAACUUAACAAGAAAAGAAGAAUCAAUCUGUUAUCCAGCUUAUGCCAAUAAAUGGAAGAAAGCAAUUCAGGAAGCUUACCUGUUAGCAUCCAAGUCUGCGGAGAAAGCGGCGUCUAAGAGAAGGAAGCAGAGCGAUAAACGCGUAAGGUUCGAUUGUCCUCUUACCUGGUGA